CAACCAUAUAAUAUUGAAUAAACGAUGUAACAGAAAAGAGAUACAUAAUAUACAAAGUAUGCUAAUUUGUGCCUCAAACGCAUAUAUUGAAAGCCGCGUUAUUCUAAAAGUUGGCACAAGUCUCAAUAUACAUAGAAGACACAGUCCUAGACUGCAGUUAAAAUUUAAAAAGCCUGAUACAAGUUAGAUCACCAUUCUUUUGUUUUCUUGGUUGUAUCGACUACUUAGUAAUUGCUCGUGUCUGUGAUGAUCCAUCAGGUAAUAGACUGGUACGCGUAGAGUUGCCUCUGGCAGUUCACGAAAAGCCUCGUUUAGAAAUGUGAUGUAUACUUACUAAAUGAUGAAUUUCAAAAGCUGCAUGCUUCUACCUUUGGGAUUAUCACUGCUGACAGUCUGCGGUAUACUUGCUUGCUAUGGGAUCGCCAAUUCGGAAAAAAGCUAUCUUCGCCGACGAAAUGGAACUCCCGCUUAUGUCAGUGAUUUCGGAAUGUUUUUGCCGGAGUCAUCUCUAUUUGUAUUCGUUUUCAAUUGGAGUGCUGCGUGUUUGUUUGUUAUGUGUUUAUCAUUUUACAAAUUUGUCCGUGCACAGAUAGGUAAUUCGUCAUUGAAUGUUGCUGCGUUUGUAUUUGGCUGCAUCACGUCAAGUGGCAUUAGCGUUGUUGCUUGUUUUCCGUGGAGGGAUCAUUUAGUCGGAAUUCACAUAACUGGAGCGGUGAUGGCAUUUUGUGGUGGAACGUUACAGUGCUGGCUGAUUUGUUUAAUUACAUGGAAGCUUUGUCGCAAGAGAUCCGGAUUUCCUUAUUUAUUUCUCAUCAGAACGACUUUAUCAUCGAUUCACACUGUUUGCAUUAUUUUAUUUGGCUCCUUCCUUGGUCUAAUAUAUUUGUCAAAUUGGGAAAAAAGAGAGCCCGCGGUCAUCUCGGAAUGGAUAAUGUUAUUUGCACAAAUACUUUUUUAUACAAGUAUGUCGCACGAGUUUAGUAAUAUUAAAUUCAUUCAACUCGAAUUAAAAUACUUCAAGAAAUCGUCGAGAACGUUACACGGUGUUUGCAAUGAAGUAGUUGAAAUGAAAAUCUCUGAAUCUCCGAAAGUGGAACAAGUAAUUGAAUCAGAAAAUUCUGUAAAAGGAAUGUCAUCUUAGAAUGACGUGUAACCAUAUGUUUGAGACUGUUGUGCUGCGCAUUUACCGCCGACGUUGUAUGUUUUUCACUUUGAUGCUCAGGGCAUUUAAAUGAUUUGUUAAAUUCGCAAUUGUGUUUAUAUUUUUCCAUCUUCCUAUACACAGCGUUUGAUCUCAUGAUCACACCAUAAUAUUAUACCCUUAUGUUGCCUUGAACGAAUAUAAUUAUGUUAUAUUUCAAGUUUCUGACUAAGUUACGAUCAAAUUAACUUUUACACAUUAUAUAUAUUAUUUAUUCUUUUGACUAGGCUCUUUUAAAUUCACACCGAGCAAUUUUGAUUGAAUUUUAAGAAGCUUAUCUUACUCAUUGCCGUUUUAUAAGUUCACAAAUAUAUAUACUGAAUUUAAAAUCAAACCGUA